CGUUCCUCCCCGGCUCCCCCACGUCCCUUAUCGUAUCGCCACGGCCGGCCAUUCGACAACGUGCCUGCCCGUUUACCGCGGGACCCGAUUGGUCGCCGGUAAGAUCCAGCGGAACGCGACGCCGGGAGCCGGGGACAGCGCUAACGGUGGUUUCUCCAUCCAUCCUCCUCGGCGUGGCCCCGCACGCAGGCGUACGACGGCGUCUAUGUCCCGCAGCCCGCGUCCGGCCGAAUAACGUACGCGCCGGGUGAUGCUUUGUCCGCGUCGGCUAGUUAGUCCCGAGGAAGAGGCGCGAUGUGGCCGUUCAGUAGCAGCUGCCAGAGCAAGGUGCGCAUGGUCGGCAAGACGGUCAUCAUCACCGGGGCCAACACCGGCAUCGGCAAGGAGACCGCCCGUGACCUUUACAGGCGAGGUGCAAGGGUGAUAUUGGCAUGUAGAAACAUUGAAAAAGCGAACGCAGCUAUCGAAGAACUUAAGAAUGUGCCACCUUCAAACUCGCAGCGAGAGCAGUUCAAGGGCAAGCCGGGCGAACUGGCCGUUUACAAGCUCGACUUAUGUAGCUUCGCGAGCGUGCGCAAGUGCGCGGCGUUGCUGUCGAGCACCGAGGACCAAAUCCACGUGCUCAUAAACAACGCCGGGGUGAUGAUGUGCCCGCAGCAGAAGACCGAGGACGGCUACGAGCUCCAGUUCCAGAGCAAUCACCUCGGGCACUUUCUCUUUACGCUCCUCCUGUUGCCCAAGAUCAAGGCCUCCGCCCCGGGUUGCAGGAUCAUUAACGUCUCGUCGAUUGCCCACACGAGUGGACGAAUGCACUUCGACGACUUGAACUUGGAUAAUUCGUACACAGCAUUCAAAGCUUAUGUGCAGAGCAAAUUAGCCAACGUAUUAUUUACGAAGGAGCUGACUCGUAAACUCAAAGAUUCGGGUAUCGAGGGCCUGACGACCUACACUCUCCAUCCGGGUGUCAUCUCGACGGAGCUCGGCAGGCACAUCGGCAAGUCGUUCAUUGGCGCCAAGUUCAUGUUGCGGAUCGCCAAGCUGUUCAUCAAAACCCCGGAGCUCGGCGCCCAGACGACGAUACACUGCGCGGUCGACGAGGCGGCGGGCAACGACACCGGAUUGUAUUACAAGGAGUGCGCAGUGGCAUCGCCAUCGUCUUACGCCGAGAAUCUGGCGGACGCCGAAAAAUUGUGGGAUGAGAGCCUCAAGAUGGUUCAACUGCCAUUGAAAACUAAUCUUUCGGAAUUGCUGAAAGCAAUAUCGGAACAAGCGCCGCCUUCCCAAUGAAAGCGUAAUUCAGCGAUUGUGCCUCGAUUAGAUUAUUAGAUUUUAAAUUUUACGUUAAUUUGCUUUUAACAUAAAAUUAAAAAGCGUUGAAGGGUCAGAAAACGGUUUAUACCA